AUGGCCAUUGCUACCACCGACAUCAACGAGGAAAGCCGCAUCUGCCGAAACGUCUGCACCUUGGAUGAGCCGCUUAGCAACGGGGAAGUAGCCAUCAUCCAUCCACUAUGGUCUACCCUGCCUGUGUCCAGCCAUAUGAUUCUGGAAGUCGCCAUUGGGGUGGUUUGUCAUCAUGUGCUUGAAGAAGUUGCUGUCUUUGCCGAUGACAUCCUGCAUUGGACCUUCGGUCGGGUCGGCAGGGAUUGA